GCGUCUGGGUUUUGCCUGGCGGCGGCCUCGGCUUCGGCGGCACACGCGCGGCGAGGCCAGGGGUGCCGCAUGAGGGCUGGAAGGGCUGAGCUGCUGCUGGGCUCAGCCAGCCAACCACGGCGGCAGCUGCUCACCGAAGCGGGCCUGCGCUUUGAGGUCCGAAGGCCGGACAUUGACGAGAAGGGCCUGGGUGACCGUGCCGGGGAUCCCGAGAAGUUGGUGCGGCAGCUGGCGGAAGCAAAGGCGGACGCGCUGCUCCCAACCUUGGAAGGCGAGCAGCGGCUGUUGCUGACAGCGGACCAGGUGGUCACCUUCCGUGGCGCCAUCAGAGAGAAGCCGAAGGACUUGGCAGAGGCGGAGGCCUUCCUUCGCUCCUAUGCCGGGGACUGCUGCCGUACUGUGGGUGCGCUGUGCCUGCACGACGCGGCGGCGGAUUUGCGCAUGGUGGGCACCCAGAAGGCCGAGGUGCACUUCGCGCCGGAGUUGGCGGAGGAGGACGUGCUGCGGGGCAUCCUUUCGGAGGAGGUGCUGAAUUGCGCUGGGGCGCUGAUGGUGGAGCAUCCAGUCGUCCAGGAGAACGUGGAGAAGGUGGAAGGGGGCCUCGAUUCAGUCAUGGGGCUCUCGCUGCAGCUCCUGGAGGACUUGCAAGAACGCCUCGAGGCGUGGCGCGGCCGUUUGGCGCGUUUUGGCCCAGUGCUGGGCCGCCCGCUGCGGCGCUGGGCGGUGGUGGGUGACGUGCUGAACCCGGCGAAGCCGGCGGCGCGGGUGGCGCGGCGCUUGGAGGAGGCAGGGCGCACAGUGCUGAAGGUCAGCCCCUACGACAAGACGGGGGCGUGCUUCGGCAAGCUGGAGGAUGUGCCGGAGGUCGACGCCCUGAACCUCAUCAUCUCGCCAAAGUUGGGCGAGGAAGUGUUGGAGGACGCGAAGAAGCUGGGAAUCAGAUACGUCUUCAUCCAGCCGGGGGCUGAUGCGGAGUUUGUGGUGCGUCGGGCGGAAUCGCUGGGCCUCACUGUGCAGUGCGGCUGCGUUUUGGUUUCUGACCUUCCGCCGCUGGAUUGA